CCGACCGAUCCUAUCGCCACCCAUCAAUUGUCUUCCUCAGUUUUGACAUUGACAGCCCGUGUUCCCCUCGAAUAAUCCCGUGCAAAUUCUUAGUUGGUUAUUCUAAUUUUCCAGACCAUUCUUUUUGAGUUCAACGUUGCAGAAGCCACCGCACAACGUGGAAGUCGUGCGACAAGGCGACCACUGUCGGUCGGUCCAGGCCUGCGGUGCAGCCGUCGCCCUCAUCCAUCCCAGCCCGCCGCCGAGGGCUCGCCGUUUGCUUCCACGGGGCCGACGUGAUCGAUGAGUGCCGAGUGUCUGGAUCUGGGCAGUAUUCGCAGCUUCGCGCUGCUGCGGUAGCCCCCACGAGCAUGUAGCGGCUCGCCAGCUGCUGCGUACGAUGACGACCCCCCAGGAGCCGCCCGACGACCCGUUAUCGCCGGGCGAGGCUCCCAUCAUCAUCGACGCCAGCCCGCCCGCCGCCGCCGACGAUCAUGUCUCCAAACCAAGCACCCCCAACCACCGCCGCGGCCUGUCCGCCCACCCCACCCCGAGGAGCGCCCCCGCGGGAGAUGGCGCCGGCCGCGGCCGGACGCGCCAGCGCUCGGCGACAAUGAGGUCCCAGCCAACCCUCCUGACCGACUUCCUGCUGGGACGCCAGUCGCCCGCCCGCGUCGCCGCCCUUCGCCAGCAGCGGAUGGACUCGGCCGCCGUACGCGCAGAGGUUAGGAAGGAGAUGCGCGCCGCCUCGGUUCAGAGGCUCGCCCCACCCGGUGGCGUCAAGGACCGCGUCAAGGCCUGGCAGAAGAACAACGCUGCCGCCAUGGUCCACGGUGACCCGGACGACGCCGCCACCGAGCCCACCGACGUUGCAUUCCCGGACGGGGCUGAGAGCGUGACCGAGGAGGACCGCAUGCGCAUCAAGUUCAGGAAGGGCCAAAAGAGGAACAAGAGUGCCCCGAGAGCGAUGCCGAGAGCUGUGACUCCGGGCGGCCUGAGCAAAGACGAUGACGAUGACGAGAAUAUCGACCCCGAAGGCCUCAAGUCUCCACCCCGGAAGCGUAUUGUUAGCGACGACAACUGGAUGAAGCGGAGGAAAAGGAGCCCACCGGGCGCCAGGGCAGUGCGCGUUAAACCCCCCACAGGACCCAUGCCCAUUCCAAAGGAUUUCCUGCAGAGGACCGCACAGAAUCCUCCUGUGCGCAACAAGAUCGCCGACUGGGCCGCGAGGGUAGAGCCCAUGGACAUGGAGCCUCCAAAGUCACCAACAAGCCCCAAGAUGACCAAGGCCCCCAAGGUCAAGACAUAUCACACCAAGUCUGGCGAUGCCAUCACAAUCGAGGAGGAUGCCGUCAGCGGCCUGACAGGCAGCAGGCUCACCGACGAUGAAGGUCCCAGCGCUCCUCGCUCGCGGCGCAGCAAGCCCGCCGAUGAGGGUGUAGAGAGUGGGAGGCAUAGCGCGAGGAGUAGCGGGCGGGCUGUGGACGACGACGGCAUUCGCGUCCGGCCUCUGAGGACAAAGAAGCCGGCUCCAGCAGAAAAGGCUGUGUCCGAGGAUGAGGGGGGCAGUGCGCGAUCGAGCAGCAGGACACCCGCAAAGCCUACAGCAGAUGACGAUGGAAUCCGCGUUCGUCCUCUCCGGCCCGGCAGGAAGUCAAGACCUCCCAGCCCGGGAGCUAGCAACCGAGGCGAUGACGAUGGGAUUCGGGUACGCCCGACCCAGUCUGCCAAACAAUCGAGAGCCCCUAGCCCGACCGCAAGCGGUGGAUGGGAGAGCGAGGAAACCCGGAUGCGACGAAGCCAAGCAAGCCGAAAGUCAAGACCUGUCAGCCCUACAACUAGCAACCGAGGGGAUGACGACGGAAUCAGGGUGCGGCCCAGUCAAUCCAAUAAAAAGAACAGGAAUGCCAGUCCUGGGGCUAGCAGCCAGAGCGAGGACGAUGGCACCCGUACGCGUCCCAGACGAUCCCGCAGAAAGCACAGGAAUUACAGCCCGGAGGGCAAUGCCAGGGCCGACGACGAUGGAAUUCGGGUGCGUCCUAGCCGAUCAACCAGAAGGCAUAGGGCUGCUAGUCCCGAGGUUAGCGACCGAGAGGACAGCAAAGCUACAUCCAGGCCCAACCACGACGUGGAGGACGACCUGACUGAGGCCACAUCCUUGCCUCCAACCUUGCCCGAUGAUGGCAUCAGAGUCCGUCCUUUGAAGUUGACGCCGAAGGACCAGAAGAGAGAUAGUCGCUCGGUAUCUUCAAGGCCGUCAACCGAACAUAGCAGGGCCCCAAGAGAACCUAGUAGGUCUCCCAGCGAGCCCAGCAGGCGAAGGAGAGAUCCCAGCAGGCCGCCGCAGGAAUCCAGUCGGCCAACAAGGGAACUUAGCCCACCAAGGCGGCGCAGUCCGCCAAGGAGACGCAGUCCGCCAAGAGGGAAGAGCAGUGGAAAACGAGUUAGCACACGCCGUGAUCGAUCACCCUCUCCCUCUGAGCUUACGGAGCGGACGGAGGAGACGCGGGAAGACACCGACAUCCAAACUCGGGGAACUCGUCGCAGAACGCCACCAAAGGCCAAGCGUGGCAAGCCCGCGCCCACCGAGAUUACCGAGACGACACAGACGACACAGACCACUGAGUCGACCGAUGUCACUGAGUCGACCGAGGCCACAGGCACAUCGUACCUGACCGGCACUACAGGCCAUACCGGUACUACCGGCGCAACCGAGUCGACUGGACAGACAGCCACUACACGCCCCUCCCGGAGGACAAGGACAAGACCGACCGCUGCCGCCACGGACGUUACCGGCACAACACGCACGGAAGACAUCUCGGACGACAGAUCCUAUAGCGAAGACACGGCAUCCGAGGACGGCGAAUCGCGCCGCCAGCCAAGUCUCCACACCAAGUCGCUUGCCGAUAUCCCCUUCGGGUACUCUGCCUUCAGCGAGCUCGAGUUGCCCCUGAACCCGAAGAAACCGAAGCAGCAGAGGAACCCGAGCUUCAGAACUGUGCCUAAUGUGCUCAAAAGGGUCGUGAACGAGGGCAAGAAAAUGAUCCAGCACACUGUGACUCCGGAGCCACCCAAGCCUGCCACCAACCAACCGCCCAGCAUCGAGAAAUGGCUGUACAACACCGUGGAUCCCUUCGUCGAAUCGCCCACUUCCCAAAAGGAGGUCGAGCACGAGUGGAAAAAGUCUGCCCGGCGUCGCUCUGUGUCGGAGAGACACGAUAAAGCCAGGGACACGCAUGCACAUGACGAGGACUCGCAAAUCACGGGAACCGAGACAGCGCUCGACGAUGUCGACACGCGCAAAGAGCCAGAGCCAAGGCCAUCUGCCGAACACGACAGGAUGCUGCACAGGGAAGACUCCCACGCCACAUCCUCCAGCGGCCUGAGGAGGAGUGGCGCGACAAGGAGUUCUGGCGUACCUGCGAGGAACGCCACAGCAAAACUCGCGCCGAAAGGCUCGUUCCGGGAAGUGUUGAAGGAAGCCUUUCGUGGCGAAUCAGGUGGUCAUGUCAUCGCGCCGCUCAUGAUGUACACGAGCAUCGACAAGACCCGCGAGCCCGAGGUGGACGAGGAAGAGCUCGACCGGGAUGAAUACGACUCCCGCAGGCGGUCGACGGGCUCGCGCAGGUCGCGGUCGCCAACGUCCACCACUAGGCCAGAAAGCCGUGACCGUGACCGUGACCGCGAGCGCGAGGCUCCUCCGGCGGCGUCAGGACUUCCCAGGCGCAAGCCGCCCACCAACGGCUUCCAUGAGCUGUCAACCAUCCUGUCUCUGGAGCAGCCGAGCUCACACGACCAAGAUGCAGCAUCCGUGGCGUCGCAAACCACAUUGACGCAGACGACGGCGCUGGGCAAAUCCUCCAGCAGUCGUCGGAAGAACGGCGGGCUCAAGAGGCGGCUCACGAAGCACUCGGACCUGGUGUCAGUGCUCUCGUUGCCAGAGGACGGGCCAAUUCCCACCCGAGUGCCCACACGCGCCGCCAGCAUCAGGAUUGCUCGUAGUCUGCGCAGAAGGAGUAGCAAAGUCGAGACCACCGCUACCGUGGACGAUCUUCUUGUCGAGUUUAUCGAGGACGAAAGCUUCUACCAGAGGGAGCUGAAGACUCUGGUGGACGGCGUCAUACCUGUGCUUCUCAAGGAGGUUGUCAAGGGAGACUCGCUCAUUUUCAUUGACCUUUUUGGUUCCGCCGCCAGCGACGAAGUUAGACCAACCCAGGCGGCCGAGAAGGCCAUCGUUUCCAUGGGAGUGUCACUGGAACGCAUCUACACCCACCACCGGGCCGUUCCCUAUACCGAUAUUGAUAUGCUGCUCUCAUGGUUGGAGAGACUUGUCCCCCUCUACAGUGCCUACUACGAUGUUUGGCGCCUCGGUUUCCAGGACCUCAUUGUCAACCUCGCUUCCGCGGCUGAUGAUGAGAACGACUCGCUCGUCAACGCGAUGCCGCGCAAUGAGUAUGGUGACGUUAUCAACGACGAUGGCGAUCGGGUUGAUGUUGCCCACCUGCUCAAGCGCCCCUUGAUUCGUUCCAAAUGGCUUCUCAAGUUGACCAAGGGGCUGCGGUACAUGCUCGGUAGCCAAACGCUAGGCCCCGACUUCACUGACAGGUUUGCGGACCUGCAGGCAAAGGCGCAGCGCAGGCAUAGAGAAGAAACGGCCAGGAAAACCAACGAUGACGCCGCCUAUACUGACACGACACGCGCUCGUGAUCUCCGCACCCUGCUGCCUCUGGAUGCGGUCACCACGGACAAGAUGCGUGAGGUCAGCGCCAAGGACCAGUUCUCCAUGGACCUCGCACAUUCCAAUGGGCAGCGGCUCGAGUGCCAGGUCGAGCUCAUUUUCAGGGACCGACCCUUGGAUCCCACUGACAGGGGCGACCUUCUCAUCCGCGAGAAUGGUGCUGGUGGUGUUUCCUUCCUUCUUUUCGCCCCUAUCCCUUGGGAGCAAGUCUCGGCCAGACGAGGCGAGGACAACGGGACUCUCGUCGUCAUGGUGCGCGGCACAUUUCACAGCGACGAGUGGUACGAGAUCCUGAGCCUGCAGACGGAGUACGAUGAUGCAGUGCGCGAGUGGCUCGACAUGCUAGGCACCGUGCCCAAGCCGCCACUGCCGUCCGACAUGUCGAAUAACAGCAGCCACAGCCUCAUCCCCAUGUACAACCCGUCAAGGCCGGGCGAAGGAGACGUUCCAGUUGGUGAAAAGGCACGCCAGCACUCCUCGACAUCGCCCACAAACCAGCGCAGCUCCAAAACCCCGGCCCGCUACCACGCUCGCAAUAGGAGUGUCCCCACGUCUCCGAUCAUCGCUACCGGCCUGGCUGCUGCCGCCACCAUCACCCCAGACAAACAGCGCUCGACCAGUGCGGAUUAUGGCUCAGACGGAGAUAGGACACCGACUCAGUCCACGUUUGAGCAUUCCCCGGAGCGCGAUGACCGCCGCCGAAGCAGCCGGGAGGGACGUCCUCGCAGGACCAGCGGCCGCCACAGUUCAAGCAGGGAUACGCCGAGCCCUGAGCCCACAGAGGACGGUCCGCCUCCUCCGCCGGCGCACCGCACUUUUAGCUCCAAGAAGCCCAAGUCGGUCGAGCUGCCCCCGACCUCGCGGCCCAAGCGCCACGGAUCCUCGCCUCUCAAGCACGAGUACCGCCCCUCCGAUGUGUCGUCAUCGGAGGAGGAGGUGGACGAGGAUCACGCGUCGUACUCAGAGUCAUCCUUCUCGGACUCCGAGUCCUCGGGUGAUGACCUCGAGGAUGAGGACGUGCCUGACACCGAGCCAGGGAUCAGCAUUAAGAGGCCUGAUCUCGAUCUCAACCCCACAGCCUCAGUGGUAUCAGAUUUUAGCAUCACGCCAUCUGCUUCAGCCUCCCAGGCGAACCUCCACCGCGGAGUUGACGUCGUUGACGAAGUGAUCAAGGCCACCGCCGUCAUCUCAUACUGGUCCAACAAGAAGGGGCGAUGGAAGGAGCUGCGCCCAGACUCAUGCUCCAUCAGCAUCAUGCCAGGUCUUCUGGAGGUUCACCCCAUUUCGCCCCAGGACCGGGACGAAAUCAACAUGGAUGGCAUGUCGGACGCGCUGCGGCCGUCCCAACACAUCGAGGAUGGGGAGGCUCCCCUCAUCGCGCUCGACCUGACUCCGCUCGUUAUGAUCCGGAAGAGCACAGCCAUCGACCUUGAGAUUCGGUCACCCGUCCGCUCCUACUCCAAGCUCAACAACAUCGACGGUAUGAUAUUCAGGUUCCGCUCUCUGACCCCUAACCAUCUGGAGCAUCUUUACAUGGCGGUGCACCAGUCUCGCAUGAACAACGCCAAGUUCAAGGCCCUCGAACAGGAGGCGCGAUUCCGAUCGUUCGGACAGGGGCAGCAGUCCGGAAACAACAAUGGCUAUGACAACACAAGCGGCCACAGCAGCAGCCGACGGCGGUCGUGGUUCGGGCGCCGGAAUAGCUAUCGGGCGUCGACACGGGCACCGUCGCAGUCGCAGUACACGUACUCUCAGAGCGGCUCCUCCGGUAUCUCGCUCUCGGCCUCGUCCUUCCUCAAGCGCCUCACAGGCUCCGCGAGCGCCUUCAACAUCGACAAGUCGACGCUGGGCAAGCACCAUGCGGCAGGUGGCGACAACAGGAGCCGACCGGUGUCUACGGGCCCCCCGGCGUCCAUGUAUACGACGUCGUCGUCGUCUGGUAGGCUCAUCGAAGCGACACCGCCGCGCUCGCCCUCGGCAAGCCUCGCCAGCAGCCCCAGCGGGGGCAUUCACAGAAGCGGCGCCGCGCUCGGGACCACGGGCCUCCGAAUCCGGUGCCACCUGCUCGUGUCGUCCAACAAGUGGGAAGACCGCGGCAACUGCCUCCUGUCCAUCUCGCGCCCCCCGCCCGGCUGCCACCAGGAGUUGAGUGUGUACCACGGCAUGGAGAAGCGCAUCCUGGUGACACAGGCGCCCAAGCGGUCUUUCCUGCCCAACCUCACGGGCGGAGGGGGAGGCGGCGACGAAGGGUCGUCGUCGUCGUCGUCCACGUCGCAGUCCAAGGUCAUCCUGGACGUGGUGCUGGGCAGCCGCUGCUUUAGCAUGUUGGGCUCGAGGGGCAUCAUCCUGAACGUUUGGGAGGACCUCCGCGACGAGAAGAACCGAGUCGGCACGGCGCCGGCCAUGGGCGGCCUCAGCGGGCGCGUCAAGAAGUGGUGUUUCCAGUGCGGGAGCGCCGCAGAGGCGAACUGGAUCUUCGGGCUCGUUGCGCGCGAGGUGGAGAUUAUUUGAGGGUUCUUUUUUGUUCCUCCUGGAUUUCUCAUCAUCCCAUUCCUUUUUUUCCAUCCUUCAAAUGGAAUUUUUUCAAUGAUAUUUUUCUCCCCUUGUUGUGUUUUGGCUUCUCAUUUGUUCGGCUCGUUUUCCCUCCUCCGGUUAUACCCUUGUCACACACGGUUUAGAAAGUUAGGUCUGGAAUGCAUGCGUUGGUUGGUUGGGGGUUUGGUCGGAACCGUAUCGGUACAGCAAGCGGACGCCUCUUUUCUGCUUUUUGUCUUCCUCUCUGCAUCUCUCAACUCUCAUAGUGUACAAGUCUGACAGCACAGCCAGGCGUACGGUUCCCCAGAGGUACAUAUUUUUAUCCGCUUUGCACACUCUUUUCGCUCCUGUUUUUUACACUCUCACUCCUUCUGGACCGGCUUCCUCAACACUAAGCUCACUCGUAUUAUUUUAUUUUAAUUGACCGGCUUCCCGGAGGGCAGUCGUUGACCGGACGGACACGUGUUGGGUGAAGGUCGUCGAAGUAUUUUUAAAAAUGAAUAAAAAACCAAAGAUGCCAGCAUUCUGCGUGGACGACUGCAA